AAUUUAUAAAUAUACGUCCUAAUCCGUUGCUGAAUCUAGUGGUUUCAAUCGACUCAGUGAUACAAGUAUCGAUAGGUAUAUACAUCCCCGUGACAAACAAUGAAAUUCAACUGGGUAAUACUAUUUGGACUAGUCACAAUCGUAGCUGUGUGUUCAGCGCGACCAGCAGAAGACAACGAAGCAGAUUAUGAAGAAGAACCAGCGCCGCCUCCAAAAAAACCUUCAAGGCCACUCACUUCGAAUCGCAGGAAUCCUUUAGCCGGACGGACUAAUGGUAAAGCUACUAGCACCACUACGACCACAGCUGCUCCAGUGGAAGAGGAAGAAGUUGCUGAGGAAGACUACGAAGAAGAACUGCCAGAACAAGAAACAAGCUCGACAACAGAAGCACCCAAGAAGAAUUUCAUAAAAGGAGGGGUUGUGCGACCUUUCAGAAGCAACGAUGAACUUCUAGCUACUCUAAAGAGGAGAAGAGAACAAGCUGUUGGUACCAAUAAUAAAAUAAACAAACCAGCUCAAGCGUCUAAAGAAGAAGAAUCAGCUCCAGUAGCAGUCGAAAAAGAAAGUCCAAAGAAAAGCACAACUUCCGGAAGGAGAAACAGAUUCAAUGCGAAAGACAAAACUGGUGAAUCUGGAGAAGAACCGUCAUCAACGGCUUCGCCAGCGAGAACGGGUAGAAGAUUCCACGGUAGAAGUUAAUUAAUUUUACGUUAGGCGUAGUAAUAUCAAAAAUUGUUAAAGGGAUGAGAAUCUUCCUCGUUUCUUGUUUACUUUAUACAUUGUUAUAAAAAAAAUUAUUUAAUUAUGAAAACAAUAAAAAUAUUUUUUAAAAUCCCUUCAAAUUAUUGUAU